AUGGAUACUCAUUUACCAUCGUUACAGCUGCAAGCUAUAAUCAUUGAGUAUAUAAAACCAAGAAUAAUAAUUUAUGAUUUGGGUCUAAAACGAGAACAGAAAAUUUAUCUUAAUGCAUUCAAAUCAGUUAAAUACUUCACCAAACUUCGUACUUUUAACUUCUCGAAAUACCCAGAAUUUUGGGAUCUUCAAAAAAAUAGAACUUCAAGGGGUGAAUAUGGUUGGAAAGCUGGAAUUCUUAAAGAAAUUUCUAUGGAAUUCCCUGGAAUUCUGAUGUGGGCUGAUACUGGAACUCUUUUUGGUCAAAAGAUCUUAGAAAACCUUCCUGAAAUUCUCAAAUUAUAUAAUGGUUUUUUUUCUCCAAUGUCUAAAGGCACUAUGGAUGAAUGGACUCAUCCUGGCGUUUUCAAGUAUUUUAAUGAUGAUGCCAGUAAAUAUGUAAACCUUUCUAAUUGUAAUGCUGCCGCCCUGUUUUUUGAUACUAGGAAAACACAAUAUUUAAUAGAUAAGUUAUAUGAAUGUGCUCUUGAAAAAGAAUGUAUAGCUCCAUCGGGAAGUAGUAGGAUAAACCAUCGACAAGAUCAAGCUAUAUUGUCUUAUCUUGUCAUAAAUGACUUCAGGAAAUGUGAGAUAAACGAAUUCGAUUUAGAUAUAUUUACUCAUGGUGUAGAUUUACUCUGUAGGAAUGAUGAAAAGAUUGCAAAAUAUGUGAGGAAUCGGAAUCGUCAUGAAAAAUGA